AUGAACUCGCUAGCCUUGGCCUUGUCAGUUAUUUUCUAUGGCCUCUGCCAGGCACAAUUCCAAGUUCUAGAUGCCGAUGUUAUUGCAAAUAGCACUGCGGUUACACUUUCUGACGCGUGUCUCGAUGCUCUACAAGGCACAGUCAACUGUAACAGCAGUCUUGUGAACAUUGCCGCCGCAGAUUCCUUUUACGGAAUCGAUAAUGAAACCUAUGUUUUCUUGUGCAGUGAUGGCUGUAGCUCUUCUUUGAAGUCAUAUCAUAACUCUGUCUCAUCUGCUUGUGCUGGCCAGGAUGAGGCUUGGAGCGGCUACCCUGCGACAUACUUUGGAGAUGUGUACUGGGCGACCUACAAUCUCUCUUGUCUAGCGGAACCAACGUCUGGAUCAUCAUGCAUGGGUAAGUCUUCACUGGCAUCUGGCCGACUAUAUUAUUCUACUGACAACGGGAAAACCGUGAAAAUAGAUUACUUCGACACUAUCGCAAACAACUAUACAGAUGAUGUAUCUCCAACCUCCAUGCCUUCAUCGAUCGUAUGCUCACCAUGCGUGCUCGAAUUAUAUCAACUCCUCCAGAAGACGCCCUAUUCAUACUACGACUCAGAUAUGGCAUCCGAUUGGUCUGCAAUUCAAACUCUUUGCGGUGUCAGCCACCCCACGGAGGUGCCACAGAACCCCACAGACGUCACGGAUAUUCCUGGAUUCGCACCUGUAACCUACUCUACGCCGCCCUGCUUGUCAGAAUCCACGUAUACUGUAGUUUCGGGAGACAAUUGUAUUGCAAUUUCUCAAGCGCAGAACGUUUCAACUGGAGCCCUCAUUGCUUUAAACAAUUUGCUCCCCGAUUGCUCCAAUCUUAAUGCUGGUGCUUCUUUAUGUCUCCCACAAGCCUGUGAGAUUUAUACGGUUCAGUCAGGAGAUACCUGUGCGAGCAUCACAAAUGCCACAGGAAUAUCUUUCGUUCAAUUUACCUCCUGGAAUCCCACAAUCAACAGCUACUGCACCAACUUGAUUGCCGACCAAGAAGUCUGUGUCGGGCAAGCCGGGGAAGUAUGGACUGGAACAACCAUUCCAGGCGCCUCCACGACGCAAAUCGGAGUAUAUGCCACCACCACUGUUGCGGCCCCAAGCAAUUUGGCCUACGGCACCACAACUGAUUGCGGCAAGUAUUACGAUGUUCAAAGCGGAGAUGACUGUAGCCUCAUUGCACUUAACAACACCAUUACAAUCAGCUUAUUCAAGGCGAUCAACCCAUCGGUCAACACUGACUGUACCAAUUUGGUUCCGGGGUUGAGCUAUUGUGUUUUCCCAGUGGCCAGUUGGAAUAGUACCGACGCUACCACCACUACCACUGCUACUGCCUCGUAUGUCACUGCCCCAGCACCAACUGUCAGUGGGACCACAUCCAACUGCUAUACGUGGCACGUUGUCGUCAGUGGUGACUACUGUGCUCUACUGGAAAGUGAGUAUGGAAUCACGUUUGCACAGCUGCAGUACUGGAACUCGAACUUGGAUCCAACCUGCGGCAAUCUGAUUCUCGGGGAUGCUUACUGCGUGGAUGGGCCGAGCAUUGCAUCAGGUAGCUCUGUCGCAGUUGGGUCAGCAACAGCCACUGCAGCGCUCAAGCUAUAG